AUGCAGGACCGAUACAUUUACAAAGCUGUUGAGCAGGCCUGCGGUCAGCUGCUGUCUAUGUUGGAACCUCCGCCACACGACAUGCAAGAGUACCUGGAUUCAACGGAGUCCACUGGUGCUGACGGCAUCACUGCCGUGUUGGUCCGCGAGAUCAAACGCGAGCGGGUUUUGCUGUUGCGAUGUGUACAAGCGUUCCAGCAGCGGCAGCAGGAAGCAGACCUGAGACCGGUUCCCACCACUCUGGCAGAACCUUUGGCUCGGCUCAGAAGCGGCCAGGUGCACGAUGCGACUUGCAGUGGUGGCAGGGCACAAGAGUUCUAA